UACUUUGAAAGGGAAAGACUUAGCAAACCACGGAAAGGUGGAUUUGGAUGAUGAGCUUUCAUCAGGUCAAUUUGGAUUAAAGGAGUCAGAUGACGGUGACGGCAAAUCAAUAGUUGGUCACCAGGCCUCCACUGUAGCAACUGAAGGAAGUCUGGACUUUGGUGAAAACAGUUCACCAGAAAAAAGUGAAGCUGCUUCUCUUGAGAAAAAACUGAACAUGAAGGAUGCUCCCUUAGCAGAGCCGGGUAAGACUCAAAUGUCGUCGACACCUGGAAAAAUAGAGGAUUUAGAGAUCGGCAGCUCCACAGAUACCCUGAAAGGGAAAGAUUCAGCAAAUCAAGAGAAGGCGGAUUUGGAUGAUGAGCUUUCAUCAGGUCAAUUUGAAUUCAAGGAGUCAGAUGACGGUGACGGCAAAUCAACAGUUGGUCACCAAGCCUCCCCUGCAGCAGCUGAAGGAAGCCUGGACUCUGCUGACAACAGUUCACCCGAGAAGAGUGAAGCUACUUCUGUUGAGAAAAAACUGAACAUGAAGGAUGUUCCCUUAGUAGGUACGUUGCAGGAUAAAGUUACAGCAAUCCAAGAAAAACUGGAUUUGGAUGAUGGACCUUCCUCUGAUUAUUCUACAUCCAAGAAGGAAUCAUAUGAUGAUGGAAGCAAACCAAAAGGAACAGCUAAAAGUGAAGGUUCCGUAAGUGACAAAGGAGUGGAUUUUACAGCUUCUUCGUCAGUUACAGAGUCGGAGAAAACUCAAGUUUCAUCGGUAUCUGGAAAAAAAGAAGACUUAGAGAUCGGCAGCUCCACAGAUCCUUUGAAAGGGAAGGACUCAGCAAACCAAGAGAAGGUGGAUUUAAACGAGGAGCUUUUAUCAGGUCAAUUUGGAUUGAAGAAGGAGUCAGAUGUCGAUGAUGACAAAUCAACAGGUAUUUUAGUUGGUCACCAGGCCUCCCCUGUAGCAGCUGAAGGAAGCCUGGACUUUGCUGACAACAGUUCACCAGAUUAUUUUACACCCAAGAAGGAAUCCGUAAAUGAUGAUGGAAGCAAACCAAAAGGUACAAUUGACGAAGAGACUAAUAUGGCAGCCGAUGGAAACCUGGCUAUUGCUGACGUUGACAGCAGUUUCUCAGACAAAAGCAAGGCUACUUCCGGUGACAAAAACCUGGAUUCAAGCAAUACGUCUGUGGAAGUUCUCAAAGAGGCACAAGUUGAGGCUGCUGAAGGAAACGAGGACUUUACCGUCAACAAUUCGUCAGAGAACGACAAUUCAGGUGAUCAAGAUGUGGAUCCAGACGAAGACCCCUUAGUUGUUCUCAAAGAGGCACAAGUUGAGGCUGCUGAAGGAAACGAGGACUUUGCCGUCAACAAUUCGUCAGAGAACGAUAAUUCAGGUGAUCAAGAUGUGGAUCCAGACGAAGACCCCUUAGUUGUGAUAGGAAAGGACUGUCUUCAGCAAGGUAACAAAGAAUACCUGCAGGGAGAUUAUCAUGGUGCAAUACAACUCUACACCGAGGGACUUCAACUAAACUGCAAAGAUAAUCGGCUGACAGCCAAACUCUACAAAAACUUUGAAAACAGCUUGGAUGAUGCCUCGGUUGCCGUUCAAUUGGAGCCAACUUUCACCAAAGCCCUUAAGAAAGGUCUCGGAAAGAGACGACGAGUAUACUAUCCAUCAUUUAUGGUCACUACAUCUGCCCUCGUUUUGAGGCAAAAACUAUGA